AUGAUAGAUAAAAAUGAUCAACGACUACUUUCAUCUGCUCAUUCUGCAGUAACACCAAGACAAUAUAGGCAAUCAAGUCUUCCUAGAGUUUCUCGUCAACAAUCAAUUGAGAAACGUAUUCAUCGAAAAAAAACAAAUAGUGCAAAAUCAAUGAUUAUCAUUCAUACAAAAAUUCGAUCACAGAAUAACUCUCUUACUGGAAAUAAAAAUAACAAUGUCAAUAAUAUUGAUAAAUUUCCUUCAAUUAAUGAUCUUGUGAAUUCAUCUCAUCAUCGUCAAAAUUCAAAAUUAAGUUUUAAUCAAAGUUUAAAUGAAUGGUCAAAUAAUAAAACACAAUCUGCUCAUAUUAAAUCACAACAUUCAUCAUUAUCUCAAUCACAUUUUGAUCAAAGACAAAUAAAAAGUUCAACACAAUUCAACAUUGAUCACAAUAGAAAAUCAAAAAAACGAACAAAACGUUUAUCAAAAUCAUCAUCAAAAGUCAUUCCAUUGAAUGAUAAUAUCUCUCGUGGUUCAAUUCAAUUUAAUAGAUCUAGUACAACUAAAACAUUAAAUGAAUAUUCAAGUGGAAAAAGAUCUCUAGGUGAAUAUCAUGAAAUAGUAGAAGAUAGAAAAAAAAGAAAAAAACGAAAAUAUUUUUAUUGUUUUUCAUGUCCAUGUCGACUUUGUUGUUUACUUUGUCUUUUAAUUGGUCUUUUUCUUGGAAUACUUCUUGCUGUUUUAUUACUUCAAUUUUUACCAAAAUCACAAACAACAAUAACAACAACAAUAAGUAUUUCUACAUUAUUAACAAAUACUUCGACAAUAGGUUUAUCCACGACAACGUCAUCAGUAACAACGUCUUCUUCUACGACGACACAAACGACGACAACAGUGACAACGACAGUUACAUCGACAACAGAAAUAACGACAACUACAACAACAACUACAACAACAACCAAUUAUGUUUGUGGUUUUUCAUGUCUCAAUCAGUCAUGGAUUUCUUCUACUAACUUGCGUGCUGAAUGGAAAUUUGAUAAUAAUCUAAUUGAAGAUGUCAGCAAUACUAUCACAUCUCCAGCACAAAGUCCUACAUUUGUAACCGGUUAUGUGAAUGAAGCACUCUUAUUUGACACAAGUCCUAUUCAAUCAUUAAGAGGUCCAUCUAUGAGUCUGACGAGCAUGAGUUUUACGAUUGAUGCUUGGAUUUAUCCUACUAGUUUUCCAAAUUCAAAAGAUCAUAGUAUAGUCGGUCUAUGUACUAAACCUUCCAUUGGUGAAUGUCUUUAUCUAUCUAUUCAUGAAGAUGGUGGUAACUUUUAUCUUUAUUUUGGUUUCUUUGAUGAUGAUUGUCAAGGAAAUACAUUUGUACCUUUAAAUGAAUGGAUGCACGUUGCUUUUGUCUAUGAAUUAAAUUCAUCAAGUCAAAGUAUAUAUAUGAAUGGAAAAUUGGAUUGUAGUAGAGUGUCAGGAGGAUCAUUCCAAGCUGCUCCAGACAUUAUAACAAUUGGUAGCAUACCAGUACUUGAUGCGGCAUAUGGUCCAAACUACUUUCAAGGAAUAAUUGAUCAAGUGGCCAUUGCAGAGAGGGCUAAAUCAUCAUGUGAAGUUCUCGAAGAAGCAAUAUUAUCAGCUUAUUUUACUUUUAAUUCAGGUAUUUCGUUUAACGAUUCAGGGCCUAAUUCUCUAUCAGCUAUUGGAUCAUCUGUUUCAUUCGUGUCUACUGGUCAUUCUCUUGAAGCUAUCUCAUUCAGUGGUUUAACAUCUUCAUAUUUUCAAAUAUCAGGUGUAACUAGUCUUGGUAUUACAAAUCGUCCAUUUUCAAUCUCACUUUGGAUACGACCUCGAUCUUUAUCGGGAACUAUUGUUCAUGUUUCAGCAAAUUCAUCAGGUCUUGGAUGGUGCUAUCCUUUCUUAGGAUUUACUGCUAAUGGUUCGAUUGUUGCUCAAAUGUACAGUAGUAUUGUUAAAUCCGUGAUUGGUCCAUCUGUACCCGUGGCAUCGGAUUGGACACAUAUUGUUGAAACAUGGGGUCCAACAAAUGGUCUUCGUCUUUAUGUUAAUAAUAUUUUGGUUGCUUCCACUACUGCAAUGGCCACUUCAUAUGUUGCUAGUUUAGUACAAAAUUAUGUUACAUUAGCAAAUAGUCUCAGUGGUGUUGGUAUUUGUGAUGCAGGUCUUCUUGGAUCAAUGAGUCCAUAUAAUGGUGAUAUUGAUGAAUUCAGAAUUUAUAGUCGAGAACUGACUGCUGAUGAUAUAUGUACACUUUAUAUUAGUUGA